AUGGCGACUACUUCAGGAAGCGCUGUGGCCAAGUCUUCUCGAUAUUAUGGCCGAUCUUGCGUUGCUGGUACACACAGCGGUGCCAGUUGUACUAACACGCAGUAUACUGAGGGUGUUUCUAUGCAUUGUUUUCCUGACAAAGAGAAAUAUCCAAAGCAGCAUCGAGAAUGGUUGCGUUUUGUUCGGCGACACCGGCCCGGCUUUGUUCCUUCGAAACAUUCACCUCUGUGUUCUAUUCAUUUCGACGACAGUUGUUACGUUACUCGGAGAGACAUAGCAAAAUAUUUAGGAAUUAGAGUGGUGCUUAAACCAGACGCUGUUCCAACAAUCGAUGCAGCAAUAAAAGCCGAGGAAAGAACGGCAACGAUCAGAGAACGUAAACAGGUAUAAAAUAGAAUGACGCCAUAUUUUGUGUGUUGUUUAAAUAUUAUAUAUUAUGUCAUGUUUGUCUGGCGUUUCGUUUGUCGCCGCAAUGAUGUUUUCUGCUACGAAUAAAGGCGUGUUUUAUAAUUUCUCAAUAUUUCAGGUGAUAAGAUCUCUUGUUCAAGAAGAAACGUCCGGUGCUGCGACUUCUCAAGCCAAGUCAGAAGCUCUCGAAGUUGAAGGCGAAGCCACACAAGAGGUGCACGAACACGUAGCGUCAAAACCACAAGAAACAGUAGAAAGUCCAGUUGAAGAAAAGGAAGAACAAAUCAAGUCGUUAAAAAAGAAAAUCCACUCUAUGCAGAAAGAAAAUUGGGCUCUCAGAAAACAAAAAAGAUCACUGCAGACUGCAUUUAAUAAAGUUAGUUUUCUUUGCCAGUAUAAAACUCUAUUGAGACUAUAAAUUUGAAUGAAAUGCGUGAAUGAACCCUGAAGUAAAUGUGUAAAGAAUAAUUUUUAUGAGUCAACAAAUACUUUCCAAAUAAUCUAUCUCCAUAUAGGAGUAACCUUAAUCCUAUACAUGCACAAUUAUUCUUUUAAUUUUGUAGGCAAAAGAAAUGGAAGACCAGCCAAGCACAAGCAAGAAGGAUGAAUUGUCCACAGAGGCAGAGCCCUACUUGGAGGACUUUAAUGUGGAGGAGCCAACAGAUGCUUCCACAGAGGACACGGAUUGGUCGUCAAUGGAAAGUUACCAUCUAUCAGCAGAUGAGUCUGAGGAUAUUGAUGACAAUGGCGACAAUGUUGACAUGACGAGAAACACUGUAAGGUACAGUAUGGAUGUUAACCAUUAGGCUGCAAUGGGCCAUUCCAUUUAAUACAGCCCCCCCCCCACCCCCACCCUAUUGAGGGGUCCCUUCAUAACCCCCUUAGGAUAUAAAAAAUGGGAUCCCCUUUGGAUGCAAUUUGUGGAGGUUACCCCUGAGGAUAUCUUACUAACACCUUUAGGAUAUCGCUUUUUCCCUCUUGGAUAUCAGCAAAACACCUAAUUUUUGCCAUUUUUAAAAAAAUCUCUCAAGCUACCCUGUAGGAUAAUUUAAGAUGAAGACAUUUAUAAAUCUUAAUUAUACAUUUGUUUUGUUCAGUGUUGAUCCAAAUACGGAGCCACAAGAUGAACCCAAAUUCAUUGUGUUUUUUGGCAUGCUUCUUGGUCUAUUCAGCAUGUUCUGCUUCAAAUGCAAGUCAAAGAAUCCAACUGCAACCGUUAAAAGAAUUGGCACCAUGGCAACUGUGGUACAAUCAUGCAAGAAAUGUG